AUUCCAGUCUCCUCGAUGGCGGCGCGGGGGUGCGUACCGUCGUGGCUGCCGCUGCUCCAGCUGCUGCUGGCUGCGGGCGCGGGGGGCGCGCAGUGGAGCGGGAAGGGCACCAGCCAACGCCUGCAGAGCAUCUUCCUGGGCCGCUGCGCCGAGUACUGCUCGCUGAAGCAAUUUACCUGCAGUCCUGCCUGGCCUCAGUGCACAAGAUAUGUCACAUUACUGAGCAAACUACCUUUUUCUUGCAGGAGAAAUGGAGGCCCGAGGGACAAGAACUGCACAGCCAUCUGGGAAGCCUUUAAAGUGGUGCUGGACAAGGACCCUUGUUCUGUGCUCCCCUCGGACUAUGACCUUUUCAUUAAUCUCUCCAGGCACUCCAUUCCCAGAGACAAGUCCCUGUUCUGGGAAAAUAACCACCUCCUUGUUACUAGCUACUCAGAGAACACCCGUCGCUUUACGUCCCUGAGUGAUGUUCUAUAUGGCCGGGUUGCAGAUUUCUUGAGUUGGUGUCGACAGAAAAAUGGGUCUGGGCUGGAUUACCAGUCCUGUCCUACAUCAGAAGAUUGUGAGAACAACCCUGUGGAUUCCUUUUGGAAAAGGGCAUCCAUUCAGUAUUCGAGAGACAGUUCUGGGGUGAUCUAUGUCAUGCUGAAUGGUUCUGAGCCCACAGGAGCCUAUCCUGUCAAAGGUUUUUUUGCAGAUUUUGAAAUUCCAUACUUCCAGAAGGAUAAGAUCACACGAAUCGAGAUCUGGGUCAUGCAUGAGAUUGGGGGAACCAAUGUGGAAUCCUGUGGAGAGGGCAGUGUGAAAAUCCUGGAGGAGAGACUGCAGGCCAUGGGCUUCCGGUCCAGCUGCGUUGACGACUACCUACCAGUGAAGCUCUUAAAGUGCGUGGACCACAGUACUCACUCUGAUUGUGCCUUAAAUUCGGCAGCAGCAUCUACUCAAAGAGAAGUCUCAUCUCUUGAUACAGAGCAAAGUGCCAGCUUUAUCAUUCCUCUCUUGGUGGCUUUAGCCUCAGGUUCUCAAAUGUAACUGGAGACCCGACUGUGCUGUCCUAAGAGCCCCAGGCCCCGCACCUGCCCUUUUGUAGUUUCUGUCCCUGUUCUGCCUAUGCUGAGCAAUACCAUCAUCUGGACACUUCAUUCUAGGAAAGUCUACCAGCCUGAGAUGGCAUUUCAAGGACACUUAUGCUCAGUAUUCCAAAAGCAAUAAUUAAUCAAGUCCUAUUUAGCAGGCUAAAUCCGCUACAUUGGAAUUAGAGCAAGUUAUAAUUUUGUUAUUUUUAUAAUGGUACAAAACAUUGAGACCUGAGCUGUUGUAUAAUCAUAUAGAAUUAAACAUAUUUAGAAAAUUCCAAUA